UCUUCACGCUCCGAUCACGUGAUUUAUUUCUUAACUCCUAUGGAAAACUCUACCUCUCUGAAACAAGAAAAGGAAAAUCAAGAGCCAGGGGAAGCAGAGAGAUCAUGGCAAGGAGAGUCAGAAGCUUCUCCCCAGGAUCCUGAUCCUCCAUCACCUGAGUACCGGGAAGAGGAGCAAAGGUCAGACACCGAACCCUCACGCAGAAUGAGCCCCUCUUGGAGCCACCAGUCUACAGCCAGCCUUUUCCUGGGAGACCUCACCGCUGGACCAGAAGUGUCAUCCUCCCCUCCCCCUCCUCCUCUGGAGUUUCAUUCCACUCCCCUUAACACUGCAACUACUCAGGAUCCUGUAGCUGCAUCACACGCAGAGAGGACCCCUAAUGGGAUCACAGACACCGGGACACCUUAUUCUGAACCUUGGGAAUCAUCUUCUGCUGCAAGACAAUCAACUUCUCACUACACAAGCCAUGCCGAGGAAAGUACCUUCCCACAGUCUCAAACACCCCACCCUGACCUGUGUGGGCUAAGGGAUGCCAGCAGGAACAAGUCCACGCACAAAGGGCUGAGAUUUGACCUUCUACAAGAGGAAAACUCAAACAGUAACUGUGAUCCAGACCAGCCUGAGGUUGGAGCCAGUGAAGCAGCCCGGAGUAUGCUUGAGGUGGCCAUUCAGAACGCAAAAGCCUACCUGCUGAGUACCAGCAGCAAGUCUGGCUUAAAUCUAUAUGACCAUCUUUCUAAAGUGAUUACCAAGAUACUAGAUGAGCGUCCUGCAGAUGCUGUUGACAUCAUUGAAACUAUAAGCCAAGAUGUGAAAAUGGCACAUUUUAAUAAAAAAUUAGAUACACUCCACAAUGAAAAUGAGAUGCUUCCAGCAUAUGAAAUAGCAGAGACACAAAAGGCUCUUUUUCUCCAGGGACAUUUGGAAGGUGCUGAUUCAGAACUGGAGGAGGAAAUGGCAGAAAGUUCUCUGCCCAAUGUGAUGGAAUCAGCUUAUUAUUUUGAACAAGCUGGAGUUGGUUUGGGGACAGAUGAGACUUACCGAGUAUUCCUCGCCCUCAAGCAACUUACUGAUGCACACCCAAUCCAGAGAUGUCGCUUCUGGGGCAAGAUCUUGGGUCUGGAAAUGAACUAUAUUGUUGCUGAAGUGGAAUUUCGUGAUGGUGAAGAUGAAGAGGAGGUGGAAGAGGAAGGGAUAGCUGAGGAGAGGGACAAUGGAGGAAGUGAAGCCGGUGAAGAGGAGCAGGAUGAAUUACCGAAGUCCUUGUAUAAGGCCCCACAGGUUAUACCUAAGGAAGAAAGUAGAGUGGGUGCCAACAAGUAUGUCUAUUUUGUUUGCAAUGUGCCUGGAAAACCAUGGGUAAGGUUACCAUCAGUUACACCUGCACAAAUUGUCACUGCAAGAAAAAUCAAGAAAUUUUUCACUGGGCGACUAGAUGCAGCUGUCAUAAGCUACCCACCCUUCCCAGGAAAUGAGAGCAAUUACUUAAGAGCACAAAUUGCCCGCAUUUCAGCCGGGACUCAUGUCAGCCCUCUAGGAUUCUAUCAGUUUGGUGAAGAGGAAGGAGAGGAAGAAGAGGUGGAAGGUGGUCGAGACAGCUAUGAGGAAAACCCUGACUUUGAAGGCAUUCAAGUGAUUGACUUGGUGGAGUCUCUAUCCAAUUGGGUCCAUCAUGUGCAGUAUAUUCUUCCUCAGGGUCGCUGUAAUUGGUUCAACCCUACACAAAAAGAUGAAGAAGAGGAAGAGGAAGAAGAUGAAGAAAAAGGGGAAGAACCUGACUACAUAGACCAGGAAGUAGGACCUCCUCUUUUGACACCAAUCUCUGAAGAUUUGGGGAUUCAGAAUAUACCCUCUUGGACAACACAGCUGUCCUCAAAUCUCAUUCCACAGUAUGCCAUCGCUGUCCUUCGCUCCAAUCUUUGGCCUGGAGCAUAUGCUUUUUCCAAUGGCAAGAAGUUUGAAAACUUCUACAUAGGCUGGGGUCAUAAGUACUGUGUGGAGAAUUACACACCCCCAAGCCUACCACCAGUUUAUCAAGAAUAUCCCAGUGGGCCAGAAAUUACAGAAAUCAAUGAUCCCAGUGUGGAGGAGGAACAGGCUUUCAGGAUGACACAAGAGCCAAUUGCACUUUCAGCUGAGGAGAACGAAGAAACUGAAGAUGAAGAUGAGGACGAUGAUGACUAAUACAAAUCUAGCCCAACCUGUUAUGGCACUAACACACACAAAUCUUUUAUGGUGGACUGAUUUUAUAGAUGCAUAUUUUGAAUAUCUAUAUCUAUCUAUACAUAGACAGAUAUACACUCACACGUGUCUAUAUAACAUACACACAUACAUACUUUGAAAAUGAUGGUGCAAAAUACUCCUUUAAAGUUACCAAGUGUGUGUAGGGUGAGGAUGAUAAACAAAUGUCUCAGUGGUGAUAAAAAAUUUUGCUCUUUCUGUGGACAAGAAUUCAGUUGCUAGGACCUAUGUCAGGGGGCUUACCACUACCUGCAACUCCAAGUCUAGGAAAUCUAAUGCUCUCUUCUAUCCCCCACAGACACUGCACAUGUGCCUGUGUGCUAACACAAGUAAAUCUUCCAAAAAGAUUUUAAAAGCUAUAUGUGGUGAAAUAAACCUUUAAUCCCAACACUUGGGAAGCAGAGGGAGGAAGAUUUCUACGAGUCCAAACCCAUCCUGGUCUGGAUAGCAAGCUCCAGGGAAGCCAACACACACACACUUAUAUAUGCAUAUAUAUAUAUAUAUAUAUAUAUAUAUAUAUAUAUAUAUAUGAAUGAUAUUGGAGACUGUAUAUAGAACUGCCAGUAUUUACAGAAAGUAGCCAGUGGAUUUUCCAGAAGUUCACAGCAUCACAG